AUGCAACAAUGCAUGACGGGCAGAAAUUCCGUUGGCUGGAUGCGCGGGACCUUGCACGAGCACGAGCAGGAGGGGAAGCAGCAGUACCCCUCGACAACGGGAACGGGGAGUAAGUGUAGUGUUAUAGUCAUCGUUUCGGCUUUGGCUUGUCCUUGA